AUGUCUUCUCAAGCAGCGGCCCGUGCUGCACACGCUCGGCGACAAGGACGGGAUAGACCUUUCCUGGUCGAAAAUCUUCCACCAAUGCCAUCCGAAUCAACGCCGAUCAGAGUGCCUUGGUUGGGCGCUGAUCCCAAUCCGGGCAAUGGCAGCUUCUUCGAUAUACCAGCAAACCGGGGCUUCAAUCUCGAUUCCCUUUUGCGUGGAGACUUUAGCGGCCAUGGAGCCAGACAAGGCCUGGCUUUCCUGCAGACCUGGCUCUUCUUCGGCCUGUUGAAGGAAGCACUGGGACCUCGGCAACGCAUCAUGCCGGAACACUGGGUGUCCGACUAUGGCAACGACCAGGUGACGCGGAAAUACAUGAUCAGCCCGCACUUGAGCGCUUACCUUCUCAUGAUUGAACGUAGGUUGAAGAGUGGCCCGGGUCCCCGACCGCCCUGGGGAUACUGGGAAGAAGUGUUUGGCCUCACCAUAGCUGUGACAGAGGCUUUUGACGAGGUCUUUGCCGGGCGUUGCACGGCUACAGACGUGGUGCUCCAUGUGCCUCUCCAGAUUACAUGGUCGAUCCUCACAUUUGGACAGAUUUUGGCCAACACGAUCAUGAAAUGCUACCAAGUCGAAGCCUCCGACUUUCAACACUGGCCCGAUGGCACAAUACUCCAUCUCCGCAUGAAACAGCAAUGGGAAUGUCCACAUCGAUGCAACAAACUCACGGCUCUCUUUGCAAUGGACGUAAUCUAUGCCUUGACUCUGCUGCCAUUCCAGGGUUCGACGAGUGAGCAUGCUGCACUUCCACAAGACAUGACCGAGGCCCUUUUUGCAUCUCUCUCUUUGCGCGACGAAGAUCCGACAAUUGGCAGAGGUCGACACCGCGAUUGCACAAUCCAGCGAUGCCUGGGCGAGAAAAUCGAUCCCCUCUCUUAUCGGACUGCCCACACGAGUAGCGGUUGCAGGUGCCCCUUCCUUGGUCCCCAUGUCGGCAAAGUGAUCAAAAUUCUGGAUGAGGGAGAUAUUCCCGUGUUCGUGGUGAGAGAAUAUACCUCCCCGCGAGGUGCUGUCAAUUUGUUCAUAGACGCGGUCCGGGCGAAGGACACUUCGGGCUAUGUGGCCAUAUCACAUGUGUGGGCUGACGGCCUUGGGAACCGUGCCGAUAACCAGCUUCCAAGGUGCCAAAUUGUUCGAUUGGCAGGUUUGGUGAGCACCCUCACUGGAAAAGAGGCCCAGCCAUUCUGGAUUGACACGUUUGGAGUUCCGCGCGAUUUGGAGCAACGGAAAAAAGCCCUGGCCGUCAUGGAGCCGACAUACCGGCUUGCAGAAAAGGUGCUUGUCCUCGACGGAGGUCUUCAACAGCAACUAAUGUAUCGGACGAUGGUGAAUGAGCUUGUCACCGUCGACUAUGUGGAAGCUCAAGAAACGCGUGCUGGGGUCGCCCUCGAACUACUCCUGCGAAUUAUUUGCUGCUCGUGGACCUCACGGCUUUGGACACUUCCGGAAGGCAUGUUGGGCCCCGAACUACACUUCCAGUUUUCGGACGGCACUGUCGAGCUUGGAGAUUUGGUCGCUCAGCUCAGACCUUGGCGAAUUCUGGGCAGCAACAUUUUCAAAGACAUUAUGGCGUCCCUCAUCCGUCUUCGCCCAAAGAUCAGAACCCAGAGACGGCGCGGCAUUGCUCCUCCCGACCCGUUAAUGCUGAACUGGCCCCGAGGUGAUGCUUACGGCCAAUUCAUCACAAUGUUCCAAGCGCUCGAAUUUCGUGAUACGAGUUGGAAAGAAGACGAGGCGACGUGUCUGGGUAUCCAUCUCAACCUGGACCUGCAGGCGAUUCUCUCACGAGAUUAUCCAGAGAGGCUGGAAGCGUUGUUCGCGCAGCUGGACCAGAUUCCAGCGGAUCUCAUGUUCACACAUGGCGAGCGCCAGCCGCGCCACCCAUAUCGGUGGGCUCCACUCCACCUGCUUGAAUACAAGGACAACUACUUGUGCAUCCCGUGCGCGACCCCAGAAAGGCCCGUGGGUGUUCGCACUGAUCGUGGAUUACUGGUCCAGCUCAACUGUGUCAAGCUUGAGACGACAAACGAGCGUGUGCCGAACACCACUCAGAUCCUCUUCACCAUCCAAGCAACGUCCGAGCAGGGUAUAGAGCAUCCAGUCAGCUACAGCAUGCAGAUUGCUACUCUGGAUCCCCGAACCGCGCCAAGUUGGAGGCGGAGCGCGACUGACCGAGUCCUCGCCGAGGGAGGCGAAGCAGCCGAAUGCUUAUAUCUCAUACAAGGCCCUCGUGGGGUUCCGGGACCAUCGCCAGUCUCAGAGCCUGGCUACGUGGGACUGAUUGUGCAGCGAGUGGAGGAGGAAGACGGCUGCAUUUAUGGUGUGCCCUUGGACACUGUCGUGGUUUUCAAGUUGGACAACAACGAUUGUUUUGUGCAGUGGCACGCAGAGGAGCUGCUCGAAGAGUGCUUUUGCAUUGGAUAG